UGGCUCCUACUCGGUGCGUCUGCUGCCCUGUUUGGUCCCAGAGAGGGGGGCUGGCGACCCCCCCACCUGCCACCCCCGACCCCCCCUCUCCUUCAGCCUCCACGUGCGCUUCCAGCAGGUGAGUGACCCAGGGCCUGUGGAGGUCAGUCUGAACACGGUGCUGGUGCUGCUGUCUAAGAGGGAGCUGUGGCUGUCUGACGGGUCCAUGGGCUUCGGAGAGGACUCUGAUGCUGCCUUCACUGAAGGGUCAGUGAUCUACGGCCGGGUCAUGGUUGACCCCGUCCACCGCCUGGGGAACCACUUCCUGUGUCACAUCCGGCAGGUGUUCCUCUGCACACCCGCCCACGGAUACGUACCCAAGUAUCGCCCCGGCAACCACGAGUAUGGUUGCCUUGCCGACAGCCCAUCACUGCUCUACAGGCUAAAGUUACUGGACAAGGCCCAGCCAGAAAGCCAGGCCCUGGAGUUUGGAGGCGUCCGCUUCCAGGCCCUCCUCGCUGGGGACACUCCCGGAGCCGAGGCCCUGGUCUCCCAGCCUGAUGCUGACGGCUUCAGCCUGUCCUCAGACCCUCUCUUCCAGGAGGGUCAGGAGUGGUACAUCCACGUUGUCUACACUGUCCACUCCAGCAGCCAUGGCAACAGUUACCACGGCAUCAGCAAGCGGAGCCUGCACCAGCACUCGGCCAUCAGCAGGGGGCGGGGGAGCAGAGCGGCCCUGGAGGACAACCAGGACCAGGGCACCAACCUGCAAUACGUGCCCCUGAGGAGAGCUCCUCUCCUGGGCCACAGCCGGGUCGAGGAGUCCCUGGAAGGCCUGGAGCUCCAGGAGAAGAGGGACCCUGCUGGGGAGGGCAGCCCAGAGAUAGAGGCCUCUGCUGGGAUAGGCUGGCUGGCUGUGGUGGUGGUGGUGGUGGUGGUGGUCUGUGUGGGAGGGCUGGGGCUCUACCUGAGGGGGCAGGUGAGGUCAGAGGAGGAACAAGAGAAACAUCCUGGAAAUCACUCUUCCUCCUCCUGUUGCUCUGCAUUCCAGGGCAGAGGAGAGGGGAGGAGCUGGAGAACAAGGGGCGGGGUUUCCGCAGGAAGUUCAGAGGUUUAAGCCCCACCCCUCUUCUGUAAGUACUGUACAUAUGAAAUCCUGGAGAUCA